GUGCUGUGUGGAAAAGGAGCGCGCAGUGCGCGCGGCACCGACAGCAACAGGAUGACGUGCGAUCAGGUGGAGCGAAGCAGAUCUGCUGCUCAGAAGCGGCUCUGAACUACGAACCGUUUCAUUCCCUGAACAUCUGAAGUAAAGCACCGGAACCGGGCGCACUGCCGCCGUUCGUGUCGGUCUCGGUUCGCAUGAGGAUCACGGCUGCUCUUAUGGUUUCUAGGCAAACCAGGAACGUUUUCCAGGAUCUAUAAGAAGUGCUCUGGUGUGACAGACGCGUGAUGCUGUGCUUUCUGCUGCUGACGUUGCACUGGACGACGGUCACUGCGGCACUGCAUCCGUCCACACGCGCCGCUGCCGCCGCCCUGCAGGAGGAUGGGUCAAGGCCGUACAUUUACCACUGCCGAUCACCCAACAUGGAGGUCUUCACCUGCUGGUGGCGUCCGAUCAAUAAUCAGGACAACGUCACCUACACGCUUCAGUACAGCACGGGGAACGGCGCUCCUCACGACUGUCCCGAUUACGUGAGCGGCGGCAUCAACAGCUGCUUCUUCGACACCAAACACACUCAGAUCUGGGAGAUGUACUGCAUGAAAGUGACGGCUCACACCGGCACGGGGUCGCUGACCUCUCCGAGACACUGCCUGGACGUGGCUGAUAUAGUGGAGACCGACCCGCCAUUUAACCUGUCCUACAUCAUGCUGAACGAGAGCCACUGUGGAUCCUGUCGCUCCAUCAUGCUGUCCUGGAUGUAUCCGGUCGAGACGCAGGUGCGGGAGGGAUGGAUUACGCUCAUCUACGAGCUGCGCUACAGAAACCUCGCUCAGCCAGACACCUGGAAGAUGAAGGAGCGUUUGCGGGAGCCACAUGUUGAGUUGUUGGAUCUGCCGGUGGGAACGCAUGAGUUGAUGGUCCGAUGCCGCUCCGCCAACAGCAAACACUGGAGCGCAUGGAGCGAGUCCAUCAGCAUCAGCAUCAUCGGCAGACCUAUGUCCGAUCACAUGUUGGUCUUAAUCCUGGUGACCAGCCUCAGCGUCGUGGCCUUCCUCAUCGUCGGUUUUGGGUUCAUUCCACGAGGAAAGAGAAUCAAAGCGUUUCUCCUGCCACCGAUUCCCAAACCGCGCAUCCGAGGGCUCGAACCCGUUCUGCUGAAGAAUGGGAAGAUCGAUGAGAUCAAUCAUCAUUUCUCCAGUUUUCACGGCUAUACGCCGCCUCAGUACUCUAUGGAGACGUGGUACCAGGUGAGCGUGGACACGUGUCCGGCUGUGACGCCCAACAGUGCCCCGUCUACAGAAGAGAACGCAGCAGUCGCUCGGUUCGUCUCCGGCCCCAACGGACAGCCGACCCUUCGGACGAGCUGCAGUCCUGCGCCUUACUGCCGCAGCGGCCCCGCCUCCUACUGCGAGGGAGCCACGCCUCCUCCAGCCCCUGGCCACACCCACCCGGAGCUCGUGUCUGUCCCAGGCAUGGACUACAGCAUGAUUCUAAACUCCGCCCCCGCGCAGCCGCCGUUGCAGGACUUCUACACGUGCGUCACCGGCGUGACGGCCAGCGGGGCGCUGCAUCUGGUGCCCUGCCUGCCCGACAUGCUGAAAAACACGCCAUAUGUGCAGUUCAAAGAGGACGGCAGUGCGGACAAGAGCGGCCAGUUGGUGGCGCUGCUGGAGAAGCAGAUGGAGGAGCUGCCCUGCGACUCCGACCCGAGCGAAGCUGCCGUGCCUUUGCUACCUCAUUCAUCAGACUGAGCCUAAAUCAGCGAACGCUCGGGACCUGCACACGCGACGUACAAUCACACACACACACCGUCCACUACUGACACAGUCGGUGCGGGUUUGUCUUGAAAUACAGAAUAACGACUGCCGUUUAGGUUCAGAGAAGUGCAAAUUGUUUUUUUAUGGAAUAUUUAAGUAUUCUAAAUUAUUCAUCGGUGCACAUCAUUAUUGUUUAAAAUUCACGUGUCUCGUAAUCUUGAAUCAGAAUAUCUUCUUCAUCUCUUCUCCUCUCUGAUGACGAGGGCGGGGCAACCUGUCACUCGCAUGAGAUCCACCAAUAGCAAACCACAACCAUCCAAUCAAUUCCCCACAGACAAAAUCAAGCCCCGCCCUACAUUUGUUCUUGUUUUCCACAAUAGGGAAGAAAAGACCAGCGCACCUUCCCUUCCACUUUAAGUGUCUAAAUCAUUCUUCAUCUGUGUGACUGAUGCUCAUGAUGGAUGAACAUUCAGUACCUGAUGUAAUUCUCGCAUUUGGACCUUUUUAUUUAUUGUUACAUGCAGAAAUU